UCAGAAUCUAUUGAUAGAAUGUGGGUGUUAGGAAUCACAGGUCAGUUAUAUAAUAGUAAAUGCUUUCGUAUUAUUAUAUUCGUAUAUAAGUAGAUAUUUUGCUGAUUGUUUUCAGUCAUUAUUGCUUUGUUCCUGUGUGAAUGUUUCCACGCUUUCUACAAACGCUUGUAGGUUUAGUUUUGUAACCUGAGGUUCCAGUGGAGAACGAACAGAGAAGAGCACCUAAAGGGAUUAGGGAGCGUCGCCUGAACGCCUCGCGCCAUUCUGUCCGUCAUCAGAGCUCAGCGUUCCUCCACAGGAAACGCAGGAUUAGCCGCCGCUGAGCGUCGUUUCCACUCGCAGGGACUGUUUCCAGACGGCGAAUUCAGGUUCAACUCUUCAUCGAGACUUCAGGAACUCAAGUCUCUGAUUUGUGAUGCCGUGAAUGUACAGCUUCUACAAGGUGUUUUUUUGGAUGGAAACUAAUGAUGUGACUUGUUUUGCUUUUUCAGUCUUGUCGCUGAAGUCCUAAAGCAGAAAACCUCCUUUUUUGCGGAGUCUCUUUAGUUUCGCCAUCGGAGCAACUCUGCACGCGGUCGAAGGCUUCGUCCCAUGGAGUUGUCAGAGACCGUAGAAUCCGCGUCAGGCUGGGAUUCAUUGGAAAAUGCCCGUCAGCAGCCGUUUCCCAGGGUGAUGCUGGCAGCCGCUGUCCUGUUGGAAACAGGCCACAGACACAGGGUUUAAAGUCGGAGUGAGUGCGUGAGGGACGAGGAUGCUGGGCCUCGGGGCCUGAACCCCCCCCGGACCCCCUCUGAACCCCCUCCUGAACCCACUACUGGACCCCCUCCUGAUCCCACUAUUGGACCCCCCCCGGACCCCCCUGGACCCCCCCAGACCCCCUUCUGGACCCCCCUGGUCCCCACAGUCAGGCCCGUGUGGGUGCGAGGGCCCUUUAAAUGGUUUUAAUAACGGAGACGCAGAGGGAAGGUCCGAAGGUCCAGGAGAAUGGAGUGUCUGCUGGAGUUGGACCCGGGAAACCAGAGCCCAGAACCCCCGACGCGGCCGUGGACGCCCCGCUCAUGUCCGUCACCAAGGUGGACGAGGACGGCGUGGAGUGCCAGGUGGACUUCACACGCAACUACUGGGAGGACGAGGACGACAUCUACCAGGAGUUCGAGGAGCUGGACUUCGAUGCCUUGACGGACAGCGCGGACUCGCGCAGCAUCACGUCCGAGGACUCCUUUUACCCCCCGAGCCGCUCGGACGUGAGCCGCUGGCGCCGCUCGCCGAGCCUCGACAGCCCCGAGCCCAUCUCCUUCUUCAAGGCCUGCUGCAGCAACAACACCAUCAUCGUCAGGGUCAUGAUCCGCCAGGGGGUGAGCGAGGAGGAGGUGAGGGAGACGGACAGGAACCGCAGAUCCGGUCUCAUCGUGGCCUGUUACCAUGGAUACGUGGACGUGGUCGUCGCACUCGCCCGCUGUCCGUACCUGGACGUCAACUGGCAGGACAACGAGGGGAACACUGCACUGAUCACUGCAGCACAAGCAGGCCACGUCUUCAUCUCCAACUACCUGCUGAACUACUUCCCGGGCCUGGACCUGGAGCGCAGGAACUGCCACGGCUUCACGGCCCUGAUGAAGGCGGCCAUGCAGGGCCGGGCCGACUGCGUGCGCUCCCUGGUUCUGGCCGGAGCAAACCUCCAGUCCCGGGACCGCGGCCGCGGCCUCACGCCCCGGGAGUGGGCGCUGUUCACGGGCCGCCACGAGACGGCGCUGCUCCUGCAGCGGCUGGCGCUCAAGCCCUGCGCCGAGCAGAUCUGCGACUCCUUCUCGCUGGAGUGGCCCAUGCUGCAGGAGCUGGUGGAGCAGGCCCAGAAGCCCAGGUCCUGCUGGAGGCGCGCCAUCAGCUGCCUGUCCUGCUGCCCCUAUAGGUUCUACCUCAGCAACAGGGUGGCGCCGGUGGACGACGGCGUCCUGGACCACGCGGUCCGGGUCACCACCAGCCUGCGCAGCCCGCUGGUGGCCACGGCCUGCAGCACGGUGAGCCCGGGCAGCCCGCCCUGCGUGGGCAAGCGGCGCUACGCCGUGCAGGAGUACCUGCGGAGGCAGCGCGUGGCCGAGCUCCGGCGCCUGGGCCCCGACCGCCUCAACAACUACAAGCGCUUCUUCCAGAACUCCCGGGUCCUGCUGGUGCCCCGGCCCAAGGAGCGCCGCGCCAGCCUGCAGCCGCAGCUGCUCGGCAACAUGGCCGCCGCGUCCUCGGGGGCCGUGCGGCGCGCCAGCCUGCUGCCGCUCAGCAUGCUGCGCAGGAGCAGCGUGCGGCCCGGCCUCGUGGUGCCCAAGGUCCGGCUCUGCAAGGCCCCGGCGCCGAGCUUUGCCAGGCGCAGGCGGCUGGUUGUUCAGGAGGAGGCAUGGGAGGAAUUAGAUAAUGGGUAG